AUGACAAGAGACAUCGGGGGUCGAGACGCAGAGGUCGCGCUCCUCUCCGUCAUCACUGAUCCUUUCGUCGACUGGAUCAUACAAAUUGACAGCAAGGUGUUGACUGGGUGGGCCGAAAGCAAACCCGAGUACGACAAUCCCAGUCUACUCAAGCAUUGUUCGGAACACGACUCCGACUCGUGUCUGUUCCCGUUUUCAUACGAUUCGUGCACUGGCGGUUUAUGCACGUACGUGAAGGAAAUUGAUCGAUGGUUUGCAGCCCCGUACAUAGUCGUCAUGUUCUGUCUCUUUCCCCUCGUCUUCCUUCUUUCCCUCGGCGGGACGUGGGUGUUGGUGGGGGUCGGAGGUCCCUUCCUAUUGGCCCUCAUCGCUGCUGUCGUCAUCGACAUCCUUCAGAGAAAGCGACCCAACUGGCUGCCUCCGGUCCUCAGGAACUGGAAUUUCCUGCCCGAGCCCCUUCACAGUCUAGAGCCCUAUGACACCAUGAUGAUGAAACUCCCCUGCUGUAGUUUAUGCCGGAUGGCUGCGGAGACAUCCGAUGAAAUAGAAAUUCUUCCCAUCUGA